AUGGAGACGUGUGCGCGGCUGGCACUGCGCCAAUCCCAGAGCGCCAUGGAGACGUGUGUGCUGCCGGCACUGCGCCAACCCCAGAGAGCCAUGGAGACGUGUGCGCGGCCGGCACUGCGCCAAUCCCAGAGCGCCAUGGAGACGUGUGUGCUGCCGGCACUGCGCCAAUCCCAGAGCGCCAUGGAGACGUGUGCGCGGCCGGCACUGCGCCAAUCCCAGAGCGCCAUGGAGACGUGUGUGCUGCCGGCACUGCGCCAAUCCCAGAGCGCCAUGGAGACGUGUGCGCGGCCGGCACUGCGCCAAUCCCAGAGCGCCAUGGAGACGUGUGUGCUGCCGGCACUGCGCCAAUCCCAGAGCGCCAUGGAGACGUGUGCGCGGCCGGCACUGCGCCAAUCCCAGAGCGCCAUGGAGACGUGUGCGCGGCCGGCACUGCGCCAAUCCCAGAGCGCCAUGGAGACGUGUGCGCGGCCGGCACUGCGCCAAUCCCAGAGCGCCAACCCCAGAGCGCCAUGGAGACGUGCACAAGAUAUUACCAAUAAAGCCCUUUGGUUACUGACUACAUGUCCUGUGUCUGUAUCCGGCGGGGGAGGGGAUUAUCACCAUAAUG